UCUCCUCAGCCGAUUUCUUUCUCUCCCUCUCUCUCAGAAUUUUCUUUCUCUCUCUCGGAUUCCCUCUCAAGCUCUCGCUGAUUCUUCCUCUCGCCUCCUCCCUCUCGUCGCCUGUGGUUGUGCGAAUUGUCGAGAGUUGUGGUGCGAAGGGUUCCGACGAGGGUUGCGAGAGAGUGGUUCGAGGGUUUGUUCGGGGUUUUGUGCGAAGAGCGUUCGGGUUUUGAGCGAAGUUAUUCGAGGGUUGUGCGAGUUCAGACGAGGGUCGUUGUGCGUUGUUCGAGGGUUUUGCUCGAGAGUUUGGUGCGAAGAGAUUUUGUGCGAGUUUGUCGAGGGUUUUGUUCGAGAUUUUCAUGCGACGAGUUGUGCGAAGGUUGUGCGAGUGGUGCGAAAAGGUCGAGGGUGUUGUGCGAGACCGUGCUGCGACGAGGGUCGCGUGGUGUAGUGUGUGUGCGUCGUGCGAAGCAGUAGCGCGAGCGUGCGUGGCAGCAAGGGUCGCCGGAAUUCGUCAUCGGUGUUUAUCGCCGGUAAAUUUAGCGGUCCCAAUUUCAUAAGCGGCUCGUUCAAUGAAGUCAGCGAAAAUUCUCCGCUACAAGAUGGUUCACGACAUAGGUUGUAAAGACUAUUUGAUGAAACAAGUAAGGGAGGACUGGGAUGUUUGGUUUUUUAAGAUGAAGUCUGCUAUGGAUUAUAGAAUUAUGCAAGGGGAGCAGUGGUUACGAUCUGAGGGCUCUAGGAUACACUUCAUGCUUCGAUAUGUUCCAGACAUAGAGCCAUAUAGAUUCGUUCAUCGUAGGUAUGGAGAUAUGUGGACUACAGAGGGGUAUUUCAAUAGGAAUAAGCAUACCUACGGAUACCAGAACCUUCCUUCUGAAAAACACUUCCUCACUGACCUUAAAUACUGCGAGAAUGAGUGGAGGGUUCGUGAAACGAGAGGUCAACACCCUUCUACUUCAUCUAAAAGGGAAAGUUCGGGUAAUAGGACCGUAGAUGGAAAUUCUGAGGACCCAGGGGUCAUACCUAAACCACCAUCGGCAGCCGAUGACUUUCAAAAUCUUAGGACAGUCACUUAUGUCUCGGACGAUGAGAGAAACAAUAGGACCUUCAUUAUAGUGUUGGACGGGGUUCAGCCUGCACCAGGGUUAGAUGGGGGAAUGAUGAUGACGAGCCACCCCCACUAG